AUGCAGCCAACUCCAACCAGCCAGGACAGCAACAAUCAUAUCAAAUCGCACCUUCCCCUCCCUUCGGGUGUAACCCUCUAUUACGAAAUCCGGGGCACUGGUCCACCGCUGCUCCUGAUCCCAGGCGCCCAUGCCACUGGCCUCAUCUACGAGUCGCUAGCGGAGGCUCUCUCCCCGCGGUUUCGAGUGACACUCUACGACCUGCGCGGGUUCGUGCGCAGCGACCCGAACCCCAACUCCAACCCAAGCCAAAACCCCAGAUCCAACCCCCAAACCAUCGAAACCCACACCGGCGACGCCCUGGCCCUGAUCCGACACCUCUCACCCACCACCCCCAUCACCGUCUUCAGCAGCAGUAGCACCGCCCCAAUCGCCCUAUCCCUCCUGCACAAGUGCCCUCAGCACAUCCACAAAGUCAUCCUCCAUGAGCCCCUCCUCUUCUCCCUCCUGCCCCCGGCCAUCUUCACCGCCAUCAACCGCCUCUUCACGUCCUGCAUCCGCAACCCCAAACACCCGAGCAUCCACGCCAUCAACCGUACCAUCCUACCGCUGGUGCAGCGCCCACAUGGCUGGGCGCGGUUCACGCGCACACGCGAGCACGCCCGCUUCAGAGAGCUGAGGCUCCCGUCAGACUUUAAUCUGCGAUGGGAUGUGAAUGAGUUUUUGGAAGUGGUGGAGUGGGGGGUGGACGUGGAGGGGUUGAUGAAGGUGGGCGAGGCCGGUGAUACACGCAUGGACUUGCCCGAUGGGGCGCGUGUUAUCGGAGCUGCGGUGGAGUCGAGCGCGGUGGAGUCCGAAUCCGGAGCGGGCUGA